GACUCUUCCCGCCCGACCACUUCCCGGUCAGAGGACACAAGAUGGCCGCCAGCUUGCUCCCCCGAUGUUAGUACCGCAGUGUCAAUGUUACACUUUUCUUCCCAGGCGGCGUCCAGGUUUCGGCUAACGGACACUUUUAACCACUAAAAAAAAAAAAAAAGAAGCGGGAUACCUUUUUUAGACGCUUCGUCGAACCAGAGAAAUGUUCCAGGCAAUCGGCCACAGAGGCGUUCAUGUCGCUCGGUUACUGGCGCCCAGGCACGCCGUGCUGGUGGAGGCUGUACGCGGGAGGAAGUCGCGCACGGACCCGGUGGCCAAGUCCAAGCUGGGCCGAGUCAAAUACCCUCCCCCGGUGGACCCGGUGGAGAUGGUGGUGCUGCGGGAGAGAUACGCCGACUACACGCUCAUCUUGAGGGCGCUGCGUCUGGAGUUUAAGGAGGCGCUGCUCCGAAAGAAGUACGAGGAGGAGACGGGCUCCCUGGCGGAGGAGAAGGCGAGGCAGGAGACUAUGGAGCAUCGUGCCCUCAUGGCGUGGAACGACCAGGAGAACCAACGCCUGCUCCAACUACGACUUUUGAGGAUUGAGAAGGAAACCGAAGAGGCGCAGCGUCAACGUGUGGAAGCAGACCUGGAGCGUCAGCGAGAAGAAGAAGAAUUCCUCCGGCAGAAGGAAGAGGAGGUGCUCCAGUUGCAGGAGGAUGCAAAGAACUUCAUCACUUUGGAGAACUUGGACCAGCGCAUAGAAGAGGUCUUGGACAACCCCAAGAAUUACAAUUUCGCCAUCGACAAGGAAGGGCGAGCUGUCAAACAGACCGUGUUGCAGUGAACCGGCCAAGUCUGGACGCCAUCCCAGCUCCAACCGGAAGUGGAUUUUCAUCUCUAAAAGAAUGCAGACUCUCCUGGAACUGAAGAAAGCUCAAGCAUCAGGCUGAUAAGUGACUGUAAGGUACUGAGGAACCGUCAUGGAUGACGUGUUUAACGGGAGUCCUCAAAGUUUGUUCUGUUGACGUGACUCAGUUAUUUGAUUCUGUAUAAACCAACAACUAAGAUCAAAUGUCAUUUAUUCAC